AUGAUAUUGCUCUGCGACCGGCUCGACGUUCUCCUAUCUCUGCUCUGCUCUGCUCUGCUCUGCUCCGUAGCUAUCAAGCCCGAACCGGACAAAGUUGAGCACCACUAUCGCAAUCGCCACAAGACUACCAGGGAGCCGCUGCGAGCCGUAAUCGCAAUUGCAGAAUCAUUCUACAUCAUUAUUCCAGCUCCAGAUUCAAGCCAUUACCCCUGUUUUCCUCUUUCACUUGAAAAAGGAUCUGCUGUUAUGGCUAGGCCCCCUAUAACAGAAGCUUCUAGGAGGAACCCGGUGUACCAAGUUAAUUACUACGAUCGUGAUUAA